AUGCGCUACGGGAUGGUGCCCAUCGUCUGGGGUGGUCGCAGCCGGGAGGAUUACGAGAAGCUGAUACCGAAGGGUUCUUUCAUCCAUGUGGAUGAUUUCCCGAAUGUCGAAGAUCUCGCAAAUUUCUUGCAGCAGCUGGACAAGGACCCGGAACGGUACGAGAAGUAUUUCGAGUGGAGGAAGCGCUACCACAUCAUGUCUGGUCUGGACCUGUUUGAGCAGAAGUAUUGUGAGCUCUGCACAGAGGUUGCGAAACCCCGGUCUGAACAGCGGCCGGCACGAACCUUCGGCAGUGCGCCGGACGCGCUGAGCACAUGGUGGUAUUCGAGCUGCAAAGACGAGUGA